AAAACGUUUUGAUUACUUCAUAAAAAAAAUAUAAAAGCAAAGAGAUAUUCACAAGUUCCAUUCUCUUCUCAAGCCACCUUAUCUUUCUAUCUGUAUCAGUUCCUCUCUUUCAUAUUCUUUCUUGAAAAAUUCUCCAUUAAAUUAUUUUUCUUGAAGGAAUUUCAAAGAGGGGAGGAACACCACCAUGGUUGCUGUUCUUCAAACCAGAGGGCUUCUCUCUCUUCCUACAAACCCUAAAACCAGGGUUUUGCUUCAACCCAAUUCCAUAAAGCAUAGAUUUUUAUCACUUAGACCCAAAACCCUUGAUGGGUUUUCUCUUAAUUCAAAUGGGUUUUCUUUAAAUUCAAAUGGGUUUUCAAAAAUCAAUUCUUUUUCAUCAAAAGUUAAUGGCUUUGGUGAAAAGGAGAAGAAUUUGUUCAUUUGUAAGGCUGAAGCAGCUGCUGCUGCUGGUGCUGAUUCUGAUGGAAAACCUGUUUUUGGAGAAAUUGAGGUUGAUAAAAAACCUAAAAUUUUGGGGAUUGAGGUUGAUACUAUGAAAAAGAUUUUACCUUUAGGGUUGAUGUUUUUCUGUAUCUUGUUCAAUUACACAAUUUUGAGGGAUACUAAGGAUGUUUUGGUUGUUACAGCAAAAGGAAGUAGUGCUGAGAUUAUACCAUUUUUGAAAACAUGGGUGAAUCUUCCUAUGGCUAUUGGUUUUAUGUUGUUGUAUACAAAACUGUCUAAUGUUUUGUCAAAACAAGCACUGUUUUACUCUGUCAUUUUACCUUUUAUUGCUUUCUUUGGGGCUUUUGGGUUUGUUUUGUACCCUCUUAGCAACUAUAUCCAUCCUGAAGCAUUUGCAGACAAGCUUCUUAAUGUCCUUGGUCCUAGGUUUCUUGGUCCUCUUGCAAUUAUAAGGAUUUGGAGUUUCUGUUUGUUCUAUGUUAUGGCUGAAUUGUGGGGGAGUGUGGUUGUUUCUGUGCUGUUUUGGGGUUUUGCUAAUCAGAUAACUACCGUUGAUGAAGCAAAACGAUUCUACCCACUGUUUGGACUUGGGGCCAAUGUAGCCCUUAUCUUCUCUGGUCGUACUGUGAAAUACUUUUCUAAUAUGAGGAAGAGUUUAGGUCCUGGAGUUGAUGGUUGGGCCAUCUCUCUAAAAGCAAUGAUGAGCAUAGUUGUGGCUAUGGGGUUUGCAAUCUGUUUCCUGUACUGGUGGACGAAUAAUUAUGUUCCUCUUCCUGAACGUAGCAUAAAGAAGAAGAAGAAACCAAAAAUGGGAACAAUGGAGAGCUUGAAAUUCUUGGUGUCUUCAAAGUACAUUAGAGAUCUAGCCACUUUAGUGGUUGCUUAUGGAAUCAGCAUCAAUCUUGUUGAGGUUACAUGGAAGUCUAAGCUCAAAGCUCAGUUCCCUAGCCCCAACGAGUACUCUUCUUUCAUGGGAGACUUCUCGACCGCAACUGGAAUUGCUACAUUCAUAAUGAUGCUUCUAAGUCAAUAUAUAUUUGACAAAUAUGGAUGGGGAGUUGCUGCCAAGAUCACACCUACAGUCCUGCUUCUGACCGGAGUUGGUUUCUUCUCUCUCAUAUUGUUUGGAGGUCCAAUUGCACCCGGUCUUGCAUCAAUUGGAAUGACUCCACUGCUAGCAGCUGUAUAUGUUGGUGCCAUGCAGAACAUUUUUAGCAAGAGUGCUAAGUACAGUUUAUUCGACCCCUGCAAAGAAAUGGCUUACAUUCCCUUGGAUGAAGAUACUAAGGUCAAGGGGAAAGCAGCCAUUGAUGUUGUUUGCAACCCAUUGGGAAAAUCUGGAGGAGCCCUUAUCCAACAGUUCAUGAUCUUAACUUUUGGUUCACUAGCCAACUCAACUCCAUACCUUGGAGGUGUGCUUCUUGUGAUUGUUCUUGCCUGGUUAGGAGCAGCCAAGUCUUUGGAUACACAGUUUACUGCAUUGCGUCAGGAGGAAGAACUCGAGAAACAGAUGGAAAGAGCAGCAGCUGUCAAGAUACCAGUAGUGUCUGAGAAUGAUGGUGGAAACGGUUCCCUCUCAGGUGACGCUUCAAGUAGUCCAUCAGAAGCCUCAACUCCUCGCAACAAUUAAGAACAUGCACGGUUCUUUCUGUGGAGAAAUUGAUUUACAGAAAGAAUGAUUAGAAAGAAACUGUUUGAGAGCAGUUUUAGGUGAAACCAUUUGUUUUAGGUUUAUUUUUAUUUUACUAAGCAUCAUAUAGAAUAAGCCCGCCACUUGUUUUUCUUCCCAAGUUUCAUAAUUUUUUGACUCCCAUAAUGUAAGAUGCAUUCUCUUUAUUUCAUACUCACACAUUUGUUUUCCUAUAAAAGAUAGGAACUUGUUUUUUUUGCUUAUAUCUGGAGGCAUUUGGAA